AUGGCCUGGAAUCAUCAAGGCUAUGCUGCUGCUGGAUUUGGUAUACCUUUUGGUUUGGGCAUCGUAGUCUUUGCUGUUUUAUUCUCUCUCAUACGCUGGUGUCCCAGAACAUUUUAUCGUAUGAUUAAAGCAAUGUUUUCAAUUAAACAUUAUGAAGCAACAUCAUUUGACACCAGAGAAUUUAUUGAUAUAUAUGGUGUUCAAAUUAGUUUGUCGGCAACUACUUUUAGUUUUCUACCUCCUUUAGCCUUACUUAUUAUGGCAACAGCUGUCUUAACAGCCACGUUUGUUCUUUUCCUCUCCGAACUUAUUUUAGUUGGCCGUUAUGUCUCACCGAAUAGUAAAUGUCCAUCUGACGAUGAAAUGGACUGCUACACAACUGUUAACAGUACAUAUUUUUAUUGUAAUUCAUCUGAUACGAGAAUCGAUGCGUCACUAGGAAGUCUCGUUUGUUAUCGAUGGAUAAAACAAAAUAUAGAAACUGUAGAAAUACUCAAUCAAAUUGGUCUAUGCGGGGGAUUGCUUCAAGCAUUCGGAUGGUUUGUUAAUAUAUUUUUACGUUUGUUACUUCAUGUAUUACAGAGAAAGAAAUCAAGUCCAUCAGAAAGAAAAUUUCUUGAUAAUGCUGUGCUUGAUUAUGUUAUAAUUCGUUAUUUAUAUGAAGUGAUAAUGACGAUAGAAAUGAUGAAUUUUUUUAUUAUGGUUUUUUUAACAUCAUCAGCAUCAAAUAAUAAAGAUGCAUACAGUAAUACAAUGUCAUGUACAAUUGACAAUGAACAUUUAUCAAAUUCACAUGAUGAACAAGAAGAUGAAACAACAAAUGAGCCUGAUGAAUGGAAAGAAACAGAAGAUCCAAAAAUGUCUUGA